GAGAUUCUCCUUGGCUCCUGAAAGCCAGGCGUCCAGACAAGCUGCGAGAUGCUCUCAAGGAGGCAGAAGACUUGAUGUGUAAUGUUCGAUGUGUACUGAGCAAUUGGAAGAGCAAACAGAUCUGCCAGCUCCUCUUUCACUCAGGUGUCUUGGUGUCCCUAAGCCUUUCUGGGCCACAGCUGGAGAAAGUGGUGAUUGACAGGACCCUGGUGGGGAAGCUCAUCUCCGACACCAUCAGCGACGCUGUUUUUACAGACAAUUUCAUCAUCCUGUCGUUUGAGGACCAUAACCAGCUCUGCUUUAUUCACUUUGCAAAGAAGGUGGAUUCUGCUGACGUCAGCAGGAGGCUGGAGAAGCUCUCCUGUUUGGACUUGAAGAUUUCUUACACGGAUGCACUUGGGCCAGAAGGCAGGAGGACAAAACGGUGCCUGGCCAUAAACUCUACGCAAGAUAUGGUCGUUUGCUGGUGGGCAGCAGCUGGUGAUGGAGCGUGGCCUUGGUCUCCUAUUUCCUGUGAGAGGGACAGAGCCAACCUCUUCCUGUUGAGCUGUGCACAUGGCAAACUGGAGGUGCUGAGUUACAUCCGCACGGAGUGGGACCCCCUGGCUGCUGGCUUCAGCAGGAGCCAGCCUCAGCAGCUGUACACGGUGGAGCACUCCCUCUCUGCAGACAAAGAGCCCAUGGCUGACACCUGCCGCUACAAGUGCCUCAGGAACAAACUCCAGUGUGUGGCAAUCACCAGGAUACCGCUGCCAGCCAAGGCCAUCAGCUGCUGCAGAGAUGUUACAGAAGACAAACUGGUCUUGGGCUGUGCAGAUUCCUCACUAGUCCUCUAUGAAGCUUACAACCAAGUGACUGUGCUGGCCCGAGCCCAGCUGCUGCCUGCCUCCAUAGCCUUCCACCCUUCUGGAGCUGUGCUGGUGGUGGGCAGCUCUCAGGGGGAGCUGCAGCUGUUUGACACGGCUCUGUCUCCACUUAAAAUUCAGCUCUUGGCACAAGAAUAUUCACCUGAGGCCACUCUGCAGCUCAGCAAACACUUUGACGUGCCCAGCAGCCUCAUCCAGAUCCAGUGGGCUGCUCCUCAGGUGCCACCUGCCAGCACCGAUGGCACAGAUGUUCAUGAUCUGUUGCUGGUUAGAUUUGACCAAGGACCCUUAGGAGUGCUUCACUUUAAGCUCGGUGUGGUAACCAGAGGACAGCUGGGCCCUGUGGAGAUCAUCCAGCAGUAUGUCCGUUAUGAUGAGAUGCAGGAGGCAGUCAGUGUCCUGCAGACCAUGAACUGGAACAUGAUGGGUCCCCAGUGUUACAUCUGCUUGAGUGCCAUUGUCAAUCACCUCCUCAAACAGAAACUGACACCAGCCAGAGAAGCACAGCUCCAGGCAAGUCUUGGAACCUUUUAUGCUCCAACAAGACCCCUCUUGGAUACAACCGUGCUGGAGUACAGGGACCCCAUCAGCAGAUAUGCAAGAAGGUUCUUCCACCACCUGCUCAGGUACCAGAGGUUUGAGAAAGCCUUUCUCCUGGCUGUGGACAUAGGUGCUCGGGACCUGUUCAUGGACAUCCAUUACCUUGCACUAGAUAAGGGUGAAUUGGCACUAGCUGAAGUGGCAAAGAAAAAGGCUGGUGACAUUGAUGCAGAAUCAAUAACGACUGGGAUUGAGCUCCUGGGGCAGUCGGACGAGGAGGACCCAGCCGUCGGCGCUUGCAUCGCCGCACCUUCAGAGCAGGGCCGAGAGCGCCCCCCCGCCGCUGCCAGCCUGCUGCCCGCAGCACCCCUGAGGAGCUGCUCCCGCAGACCCAGCAGACGCGGACGUCUGGAGGACACCGAGAGCGAGCUCAGAGCUGAUGGCUGUGCCACCCCAUCAGCAGGAAAACCCUUUCCCAGCAGCCAGAAAGGAAAUUUGAGAGCAGUUCCUCCGGAGCAGAGUGCUGCCAAAAAAGGUGGACCAGUCCUUCCCCCCCACCAGCCUCCAAUCUUCUGUUCUCCUCCCUCUCCUGCGUUGGCUCAAGCACUCGUUCGUUUCCAGCCUGCAGGAAGCUUAUUGUGGACAGAAGAAGAAAUCUCCAUGUGGGUAAAGAGACUCUACCCCAUCCCCCCAAACCCCUCAGCUGUAUCUCCUGUGAGAGCAUUCCCUUCCAGCCAGGUUUGGUGCCCCAGGUGGUUGGGUGUCAGUCGAGAUGAGUAUAGAGGACAUGCAUAGGGCGAGCCUGACUCCAGUGCUGAUGAGUCAGCAGCACCAAGGCACUCCUUCCCUUCUACUUUGAGGGAAGGAAUUAAAGUUAAAAUAAAAUAACAGCAUGGAAUAAAAUAAAAGUGCUAAAUACAGUAAUAAUUUUUUUUUUAAAUGAAACAAAAUAAUGAAAUAUAAAAUAAAAAAGUCAAAUUGCAGAAAGCUGCCUCAUGGCAGCCUGGCUGAAAGCACAAGGGAGCUUGCCUAUCAGCCUCCUCCCAGCUGCAGUCCUUCUUGAAAGUAUUCCAUGUUAGGCCUUGGUACAAACAUCAUUGCAAGGAAGAGAAACCCAGCAAGGAAGUGCUGCAGCCUCUUAGCAGAGCAGGAUGGCACUGAUUUAUUUCUUUCAUUACAAAACCAGCCCAUGCCAAGCAAAAUCAUGCUCCAAGAGCUGUUCUACCAGUCCCAAAGUACUGGAGAACAACAGGAGCCAGCUCCACCUCUGCAGCCUCCCGCGGGCCCCUGCGCAUUUGCACUGGGUGGAGGAUGGGGAAAGGCCAGGCAGGAGGUGACAGAGUUUGCCACACCAGGGUCAGGUUGGGCUGGCAGGAAAUCCUUCUCCUCAAAGGAUGUCCCUGGUGGCCUUUUGAUGGCUUUUUGGUGGCCUAAGGAGACAAAGUGAAGUACAGCAGCAGUGAUGGUCUGGAGGUUGGGGACACUGGUGGGAUUCCUGGGUUUGUAGCUACGUUAUCCAGCAGGUAACUGCUCUGUCCCUGGGCCAUGUGGAAAGUGCUCCUCACACUUGUAUAAGCAGUUGGAUUGAUUAAUAAACUGAGACGUUCGUUUGAGAGCUCUGGACCAUCACAAUAAAAUGCAGGAGCACAAAUGUGCAGGCUGUGUAAUGAGAGUGAUGCAAAGAAGAAAGCUUUGGCAUCACAUCAUUAAGGGUUUGCACAAGGGAGAGGUUAAAGCAUCCUCUGGGUCCAAAAGGUUCCUGCACAUGAGCAGUCACCAUUGCUGAAAGCUGGUGGCUCAAAGUGUGACCUCUGUGACACUGACUGGAGGUGCCCUGAUUUCACCACACAUGACAGAGCUGCUUUCUGCAGAGGAA